AUGAAGACAUCAAGACCAGAGCCGCCUUCUUUCCAUGUCAGUCCAUUGGAGCUCACCCGCAUGGCGGUGGAUUUGAUCAAAGAGAUUGAAACAGCGACAAAGAAACUACUCGACAAGCUCUCCCCACAGGAUGCCACAUUUGAUAAUGUUGUCUUGCCGAUGGCUACGAUCGAUAAUAAUAUCAAGAGCAAAGUCCAAUUUCUGGCAUUCUUUCAGGCCGUUUCGCCCUCAUUGGAGCUACGCCAAGCAUCCUCGGUCGCCGUGAGCAUGGUCGACACGGCAUACUUGGAGCUUUUUCAGGACGAAAAUCUGUUUGCAUUGGUAGAUGUUGUGCAUAAGAACUGUGAUACGAGCCAAAUUGAAAUCGAAGACCGAAAGUUUCUCACAAAGCUUCAUUCAACCUUUAUUGAUGAUGGCCUUGGGUUAAAGGGGAAUAACAAGAAACGGUCCCACGAGAUUUCUAAGCGACUCGUUGAGCUUAGAGUUGCCUUCACAGAGAAUCUCAGCUUGGAUCCUGGGUAUAUGUGGAAGGAAGAAGAGGAUUUAGAGGGACUUGAUGCUGACAAAAUCCAAGCACUUCCCUUAUGUCCCUCGAAUGGCCGGAGGGGCGUACCACUAAAGAAGACAUACGUGGAUGCGGUGCUCUCCAGCUGCGUUCGAUCUGAAACCCGAAAAGAGGCUUUUCUUCAAAGCCAAAGAAUCUUUCCUGAAAAUAUCAAGAUCUUUAAAGAGAUUAUCGUUCUUCGAGAUGAAAGGGCUCGUUUGCUUGAUUUCAAGUCAUAUGCGCAUCAACAAGCCCGGUCUAAAUUGCUGAAAUCUCCCCAGGAAGUUAAGGUUAUGCUAGCCGAACUUUCGAAUCAUUUGCUCCCUAUUGCACAGACAGAGCUGGAGGCAUUGCAGCGCGCUAAAGAUCCGUCCGGGAGCCCCUUCUAUCUUUGGGAUUUUGACUAUCAUCACGACAAGAUGCUGCGAGAUAAUUAUCAGCUAGAUCAUGAUCUUAUUGCGGAGUACUUCCCUGCCAAGGUCACGAUUCAGCAUAUGCUCAGUAUCUUUGAAACAAUAUUCGGGUUGGAGAUUGAAAAUUUGAAAUGCAUUGGAGGUGACUAUAUCUGGCACCCAGAGGUCAAGGUCUUCAGUGUACAUGACAGAAAUUCAUCUAAAUUUCUUGGCUAUCUAUAUAUGGACAUAUAUCCUCGUGAUGGGAAGUUCAACCAUGCAGCUAAUUUUAACAUAUUCCCUUCCUACUCUGUUCCUGUGGGCAUAGAUCAACCUUUGGUCUGCACAGCUUUGGUAUGUAACGUGGCACACCCCCUAGCUGACAGGCCAGCCCUUUUAAAGCAUCACGAGGUUAUCACACUCUUUCACGAGCUAGGCCACGCCUUUCAUGAUCUCUUGGGAAGGUCCAAGUACGCAACAUUUCAUGGGCACAGAACAGUUGCAGACUUUGUUGAAGCGCCAAGCCAGUUGCUAGAAUAUUGGUGUUGGGUGCCGGAGUGCCUUCAGCGACUCAGCUGUCAUUAUAGCUAUGUCUCUCCGGAUGCUGAUGAGUUUGAUACUUUCAUAAACCAUUCGACUCGCCCUCCCAAGGAAAUCCCUCGAAGCCUAGUAGAAACACUCGUCGAGGCUAGGUCGAUAAAUCAGGGGAUUUUGACUAUGAGACAGGUUGCGUUCAGCAAUUUUGACUUGGAGAUUCACUGUCCAUCUUCCCAUGAGGCCAUUAAGUCAAUGGACAUUGCUGAAAUCUAUAACUCCCACUUGCAAAGAACAACUCUUCUACAGGGCCCGAAUAAUUGUUAUCAAUGGGGGCAUGGCUAUGCGACGACACCCCAUUAUAUAUGGGGCCAAGAAGCGAACUACUAUUCCUACUUAUACACCCGUAUAUUGGCAGCCAAUAUGUGGUGGUUGAAUUUCCAUUUCGAUCCAAUGAGUCAGGAAGCUGGUCUCAAAUUGAGGAAGAUGAUACUCGAGCAUGGCGGCAGUAAGGACGAGAAGAUGGCCCUUGUGGAAUUCUUAGGCGGUGAACCAACAGUCAAAGUAUACUUAAGAUAUCUCUCAUUAGACAAAUGA